GAUAUCUUGGACGAUAUUUACGUCGUAGAAUGGCUGAACAAACAUUAUCUUCAAUUUCUACAUCCCUCCCUUCCUCCUUAUCAUUAACUUCUUUGGAUUCUUUGAUUGACUUUCUAAAUCGUUCUCUCUAUUUAAUUAACGAAUUUAUUGAGAGAACAGCCAAUGGAGGCUCUAAUGUUACUUUAGGACCUAGAAUAUUACUGCAAUGUCCAUUAGAUGGAGAUCAAGCCAAAGAAUGGUUUAUUCGUCUUUGGAAUGAUAAAUUAGUUCCUUAUUUACGUAAAGCUGUUAUUGAAGGAAAUAAUCCAAAAUCCGAUUUAAUUGAUUUAACUGAACAAAUUAAAUCAAUAUGGCCUUGGCAAAAUUUUUCUGAAGAAUUAAAACGAAUUGAAAUUAAAUAAUUUAAUUAAAUAAAUUGUUAUAUAUUUUUUGUUGCCUUUAAUUUUCGUUAGAAAAACUAUUUACAUAAAUUUUUAAUUAAAAAUUUUGAUAUCUAGGUUUUUUCGAAUAUUUUUUUUAAAUUGUAAUUUUAUAUUCACAUAAUUGUUUUAUAUUUUUAAAUAAAUAUUUUUUUAAUAAUUUAAAGAAAAGGCAAAUUUUAUAUUUCUUAACUUCCGAUCAAAUACAGAUACAUACAACCCAUUUAAGUUCACACGUUUCAGUUUUUUCAGCUUCAGUUUAAGUCCCAACUCCGUUUCAGCCCCCACUACCGUAUAUAAAGUCAAAAUUAAAACUGAAUCCGUUCU